AUGGAAUGGAUCGUUCAGGGAGCAUCUAUGGAUCGUUAUUGUUAUCUAUGAUUGUUAUUGUUUUUGUUAUGGGUGACGGUGGUUUUAAAACCCAUGGAAAAAGUUAAAAAAUUUAACAAUAGUUUAACAAAUUUUUAGUUUGCUCCUGGGAGGAGAUUGAGUAUUUAAUGGUGUGGUGAUCGGUGUCUAAAUUUUUCAGUGGUCAGGACAUGGAUGACGAUGUGCUAGCACCGGUACCGACCAGGUGCUCUAGACUAAAAGGUGAUGGCGUGAAGGGAUACCAAGCUGUGGUGUUUGAAACUUCCAAAGGCAAAAUGAAGAAGGGCGAUGCGAAGGAGACAGGGCCAUGCCCUCAAGACCCAGCUGGCAGCAUAAUGGACAUGAAGAAAGUGCGGUAUGAAGUCUUCAAGUUCGCAAUGUCGGGGUACGACCCGGAUCGUAAGGAAGAGGCCAAAGUUAACCUCGCUAUAAAGCUUGGGGCGAAGCCACCUAAAAAUAAGAACUACAAUUACAAAGAAUUGAAGAAAAUGAAGGAAGAAUCAAAGGAGAAGGUGGGAAAUCAAGUUAAAUUGCAGAUGCUGGGUAAAAACAAUUUAGGAAAAUCGAACAAAAAGGGACUGAGAAGAAUGCCCAAUAAAAUGCGGAAAACUGAAAAGAGUGGAAUCUUGGAAUCUUAUGGCAAGGUUGUGAAGACGGUAGUAAAAAAAAGAAGGUGACUGGUUCUGUCGAGAAGAAGGCUGUUAAAUUAUCACGACAGUUAUCGGAAAUAUAUCUUAAUAUAUUGUCUCAUGAGUACUAAUGCAUAAUUUUCUUUGCAAGAAAAAUGUUUUCGUAAGUGUGGAACUAUAUUGCUAAAUAAAUAAUUAUUUAUGUUUAUACAGUGAAACUGCAGUUCCCUCAACCCCCCCCCCCCCCCUCCGUUUAUUUCUAAGUGGAAUAAAUUUUAAAAAAGAGCAAGAGUUGUAGUUAGAGAAAAUUAGUAACUAAUCCUCACAAACUACUGUUAAUUUUUUUUAGUAAAUUAUGUUCUUCUUUGUUAUUGUUUAUUACUGUAGGGUAUGGAUCCUUCUAUCCCAUGAUAGCUGGAUACGCCCUUGUAACAGCAUACAUGAAAGUAAACAUGUUAUAGUUGAAGCUGUUUGAAUUACAAUCAUCACAGCAUUAAGCACUUUAAUUGUUCUUAGCCAAAGUGUUGUAUGUUUAAUUUCAUUUCCUUUGCCAUUGUUGUGUAAUGAUUCAGAUAGUUAUAAUUAGAAUGAAAGUGACUGUAGGAACUUUUUUUUCCUCAAGCGGUUUGAUCAGAUUUUUCUAGAACACGUAUUCUUCUGUGAAUUUAGACCAUGAUUGCAAAAGUUAUGUCUUGUGUGACACAUUUUAAGUUGUUUUACUGAGAUUUAUGCCUUAUUGACAGCAAAGUCAUUGGAGUCAGAAACGCAUAACCAUACAGAACAAGGUUGUUGAAGUAGGCCAGGAUCUGUUAUAUAAAAAAAAAACAAUCUUAGCGUAUUCUUUGGAGUGAUUUUAGUGAAUCCAAAAUCAGCAAGUCAGCACGGGUAUUCGAACCCGUGUCAUCUGGUAUGCGCGCAAAUUGUCUUGCCAUUGUGCCACUUCGCAUGAAUAUGGAGAAAGUGUUCACAUGUCUUUGUCUUCAGUGUAAUAAAUGGAAGGAAAUAAACGGGAUUCAAGUAAAAAACAACAUUUUCAUGUUCAUUCCUGUCAAGGAAUUUUAUUUUGUUUUCUUUUACAGCUGAUACAAUCAAUUGCCCAGUGUGACAUUUCUGGGCCCUAAAAAAUAACAAGGCAGUAAGUCAUCUUGUAGUCAAUGUAAAAUGGAAUUAUGGUCAGAAAUAUUUCGAAGUCAUUAUCAUUGCAUAUUUACUUUUUUUAAUGCUUGAUUGUAUUCACAUUAUUAAUCUUGGCAUGAAAGUUUAUGUAUGACUUGCAACCUUAUUCUUUUAGGGUCCAUUGUUUACGAGCAAGUUUUAAAGGAAAUUAAGUAACUAACCACAUAAUGGCUUGGGUACAGCAGAGGAAUGAUUCACAUGUAGGCCAAACAGUUAACACAGACAAGCCUCUGUGGAUACGUGUGAUUCAGUGUGAUUCUGAAAUCAGUAUCUCCAGUCUAGUAGGAAGCACGUCUACACAGCUGGUCACGUAAACAGUUGGACAAUUUACAGCUAGUUUUCCUACAAUGCAUGUGCCGCAAUACCCAACAUUUAGUUAGUGCUCUCUAUAUUGUCACAGUUUCACCAGAAUGAUUCUUUUUUUUUUUUAACACACACUGGAAAAAUAAUACUGUCUUUCAAUUUCUUAUCAGU